GUGACAGUGUAGUUUUCCGCUUCCAUAAACAAGAUGACUGCCAGAGUUAGCCGCCAGUUCUGUGUGCUUCUGGGCUGAGUCUCCCUCUGAGGGAGUCAGACAAACUGACAGAGAAAGUGAGCAAGGGACACGAGAGGGAGAAAGUAAGGGAACAGGAAAGAGACGAGGCAGAAAAGACAGGAAAACCCAUCAGAAGGAAAGAAGGACAAGCAAGAACUGACAGAAGAAGGGAAGAAUAGAGUAAAAGACUGACUGAAUUAAGCAUCACUCUCUCUUCUUUUACUCUGACAAAGAAGAUUAAGUCAUGGCUGCAAACGACACAAGUCUCUUUCUGGAAAUACUUGAGUCUUUCGAUGCUGUCCCUUUAAUUAUAGCUUUCUGUGUGUCCAUGGCGGUUGGUUUGCUCUUGGGUGCCCUGGUUUACGUGAUACUGACUUGGAUGUCCCGACGCAAGGCAGGUUCUGCCAGCAUCACCCGUCACUCACCUCGCCACUCGCACACGUCUUCACGAAACCGUCCAGGCUUCAACCGCAACAGCAGCUAUGACCGACGAAGCAACAACAGCUUGGUCAGCGCUGCAUUCAGCUUUCACCACCAGACAUCCUCCCCAGAUCACUUCGACCCGCUGGGGCACAAAUCCAGCUUCAGGGCCUCCACUUUCCACCCGCUCCUCCAGUGCAGCCAAAUCGCAAGGGAGGCGGAGGAGGGCAGCCAAAUCACACUGCCUCGCACACCAACUCUGGCCAUGUCAACUGGAUCAGCUCAAACUGCAGCGCAGCCAGCUACCACACCAUCAAGACCAGAGUCAUUUUGGGGCAACAAUGGUCUGAGGGGUCUCCCAGCUACACAAACGCCACCUCCAGCGUAUGAGAGCAUUAUUAGGGCCUAUCAGGAAACAUGCACCUGAGAGGAGUGAGAGCACCAGGCAGAUACUAACUGAAUGAGUCCAGAGUUGCAAAUGGACUUACAGAAAAUACUGGACUAAAUCAAUCUUGAUUUAUACGACGAGGUGGAGCGAAUGAAGUCAAGGUCAACUAUGUGCCCUACUCAACACAAAAACACUCUGAAACAACAUAAAUUUUGUAUUUUUUUGUUAUAUAUAUGUAUACACACGAAAAUUUUCAAAUAUGUACUUCUGGGCAUUUAUGCAAGGCUGCUUUUUCUCUGCGGGUGAUAUAACUAUGUAAAAACCAGAGACAAUCAUUGUAUAUCUGGAGUCUAAAAAAGAAAAGUGUCUGUUAGCUUGUAGUUAAUAAAUUGCAGGUGUGGAAAUUGAAUAUCUAUGCAAAUCUAUGUAAAAGACCAGGUUAAAUUGACCUGAUGUUUUCUUUGUUGCCUCACACGCGUUUUAUAGAGUUACAAUAUAUGAAUGUGUGUGACAUUCAAAAUAACUACGUGUGUGUGUUGGCAUGAACAGUGUGUGUGAGUGUGACAGAUGCCACAAAAAAGUGGGCAUUAGGUGCAAGAAGUUUUUGUAUGGUAUGUAUGUUUUGAAUGCAAUUUGCUGAAGUGUGCGUCUAAGUUAAUGCAAUAAAAGUAAGAAUCAAAAGUU